AUGCGAGCGUUCACGGGCCUGCGGGGGCCCCUGGCGCCCCGAGCGUCCUCUGCCUGGCCGCUUCUCCUUGUGUGCCUAAUAGCUGGGACGCCCUGGAGCUUGGCGGACAGCGAUCCCCCAGGUGUGAUGGGUGCAGGGGCCGGGAUGGGGAGGGCUCGGGGCGCGCCUGGAAGGGGCGCAGAGAGCUCGAGUCCUCGCAGGGGGAGGGCAUCGCGGGCGCGCUGGGGCGGCGGUGGUGGGGAGCAGCGCGCGGAUGCUGGCGAAGGCGGGCUGUGGGGCGGCGGCGGCGGCCUCCCAUUGGCUGGGUGUGCGUUACCUAAGCUGAACCUGGGAACUGGAGAGGCUCUGGCUUGUCUGCUUGGUGGAGUGAAUCUGGAACGAGUGGCGCCGGAUUCAGCUUUUACAAAUCUUGUUGGAGAAGAAAUGAUGGCAAAAUACUCUAACCUGUCCUUGGAGAUUCAUAGCAUAUCACUGACAGACAAGUCCAGUAUGCUAGUAGAAAAAAAUAUCACAUUAGAAAAGCCUUCUAAUAUGGAACUCACAUGCCAGUUCACAACAUCUGGAGAUUUGAAUUCAAUAAACAUUACUUGGAGAAAAGGUGAUGAGCUACUUGAGAAUAAUAAUUAUCUCAUUAAUGCAUCAGGAAACACCCUGUAUACCCAAUACACGUUCACCAUCAUUAAUAGCAAACAAAUGGGAAGUUAUUCCUGUUUCUUUGAAGAGGAAAAGGAACAAAAGGGAACAUUUAAUAUCAAAGUUCCUGAGCUUCACGGAAAACACAAGCCAUUGAUCACGUAUGUGGGAGAUUCUACUGUCCUGGUGUGUAAAUGUGAACACUGUUUUCCUACAAAUUGGACAUGGUACCGUAGUAAUGGGAGUGUACAGGUUCCUGUUGAUGUUCACAUGAAUGAUAAAUAUGUUAUCAGUGGAAAACACGCUAAUGAAACAAGGCUCAAGAUAAUGCAUCUUUCGGAGGAAGAUGGCGGAUCCUACUGGUGCCAUGCAAUAUUCCAGCUGGGCGAGAGUGAGGAACACAUUGAACUUGUUGUGCUGAGCUUUUUGGUGCCCCUCAAACCCUUUCUUGCAAUCAUUGCUGAAGUUAUCCUUUUAGUGGCUUUUAUUCUGCUUUGUGAAAUGUACACGCAAAAGAAAAAGAAGCACCCAGAGGAAGGGAAAGAAUUUGAACAAAUUGAACAGCUGAAAUCAGAUGAUAGCAAUGGUAUAGAAAAUAAUGCCCCAAGACACAGAAAAAUUGAAUCUGGGAACCAAUAAAUGGAAAGAUCAUGUCAGGGGUCAUGGGAAGAUGUGUGCAGAGUUCAUAUUUCAUCUUGGUUUAUCCUUUCUUUUAAGACCAUCAGAGUUUUUAUUUUUUUAAAAGACAAAAAGUUUAUGCAACACACAAAGUAGUAGCUUCAUAAACAAAAUGUGCUAUCUCAUAUCUAAAGAUAUAUUUUUAUUUUGUUAUUGUUUUUAUGUUAAAGCAAGGUAAAUUGUUUCAAACAUGUUCUAUGAGUUGUAAUCCAAGAUAAUGAAUUACAUCCUGGUCCAUAACAGACACACAGAACAGACACCAGCAAAAUCAGUUAAUAGUUUAUUGAACAAACGUCACUAAAGACCUGUUUAAAACCAAAGAAUUUAUUAAAGAGAAAGCCUUUGCCAUUUGUCUUAAAAAGUUAUUUUUUUCCCCAAAUCUUACUCUGUAUGUGAAAUAUUUGUAACAAUUUUCAUGUAAAGUUCUUCCUUCUGUGAUACUGUAAAAAAAUGUGUCUUCUUUGGAAAUGAAUACUUUGUGCUUUUGCUAAUGAUGGUUAUCCUACAAUUUGUAGAAUAAAUAUAUACUUUUAAUCCAUAAAUAAUGGUUUAAAGCAAGGAAAUAAAACCAUUUGCUUGUCCCAAAGUGCUGUCACUACAAAAGCAAAUCCUCCUAAUCUUAAUCCACUCAUUUCCAUUGCUUUCCUACACCAAACCAAAGAUCUGCUUAGUCUUUAUAAGUAGAAUCCCCUUCUCCCCACCAUGGGGUUUGAACUUUUUCAGGUACACCUCCUGGUGUUCAUGUUUUAAGUUGCAGAACUAUAUAGUCAUAAUGCAACACUGUGACUAUCUGUAAUUCAUCUGUGGUUCAUGGUUUCCUAGUAUCUUUUAUUUGUUAUGUAGUUUCUUGGAAUUUAUGACUGGUUAAAUAUAUAAAAAUACACAAUUGAUGCUUUAUGAUAAUAAUUCCUUAGACUGAAAUCUGAAAGUACUAAAGUACUUCCAUGUUGUUGCAAAUGCCUUAGACUUAUCUUGAAAAAAUAGAUAGUUUCUAUUGCACAUAUAACUGAAGUAUUCUCUAAGGUCACUAUAACUAAAUGAAAUGAAAUCUAAACGGAUAGGAAAAGUGAUCAAUGGCUUUAAAUGAAAUAUGGAAAUUAUGCCUCAUACUAGAUUGGGAGCUCUUGAUACUUAAGGGCCUGGGGUCCUGCUGCUUAUCGGGCAACAGGGUUAAGAACAAUUAGAAGCAAAGAGGGAAGAGCUUGGGACUAUGUUAAAAAUUCACAUUUCUUGGUGAUUAAAGGAUUAAAACUUGGGGAAGAAAAUUCAGUGAUUUGAAAAGAAAUAUUUUAUAGAAACUUGCACCAUGCAUAUAUUGGUUAAGAAAAUUAUAAGAUUCUAAUAGUGAAAAUUAUAUGGUAUCUUACCUAAUGUUAUUAAUAGCAUAAGUAAUAUACAUAAAGUAAGCACUUGGAAACUGCUCAUUAUUUUAUUGCUGCAGCAGUGCAGUCUUUUGUCAUAAAACAUGUUGAGUAGACAUAUAAAUUUUAUCAAACUGGAAUACACUGCUUUGUGGCCAAAUUAAUUUUAUUGGUCUUAGAGCCAUUCAUUUGUUUUGAUUAAAUUCAUUAUUAAUUUGAAAAAAUUAUCUUGGGUGAUAUGAUGGCAGUUAGUUUAAUCCAAACAACUUGAAUUCAGUGAAAAAUUAAUCAAAACUGUUAUUUGAGUAAGUCCAAUUCAAAUUGGUAUAUCUGUGACUAGCUGUGUACAACACCAAAUCAGUAUAGCUCUUUUGCAUGUACAUGCUUCUAUUUUGACACCACCAACUGUUUAGGUUAAAAUAGAUUUCAAGAAAAAAAAAUGAAAAUUAGUGCCCUAAGGUCAAAUGAUCUGAAACAUUUAUCUAGUAAAUUGAAAUUUUAAGUGGCAUUGCUUUUAAGUGGCAAUGCUUACCAUUUACUUUUUUUUUCUAGCAAAGACAAGUUAUUUUAAUAACUCUAGGCAGAAAAGGUACUUCAACAUUUAAGUUGAUGUUUGGCUUUUCAGAGUCUCUCUGGAGGGCCCUGGAAAAUUGCUUUAGCACUGUUUAUUAAAAAUGAAAUGAUUCCAUUACCUCACCUCAUGGAAAAGAUAAAUGGAAUAACUAAGAACGUCCAAUUGUCAAUGGACUACAGAUACUAAGCAGAAGAAAAGCUGAAGCAGAGAAACCACUCCAGCUUUAUAUGUUAGACACCUAGGGAAAUUUUGUGAUUCUUUCCAGCUCAUGGGGAUUUUCAGAAUAAUAAGUGGAUUUAAUGAUGUUAUAGAAUUCCCAGAUAUUUUCACAUUCAGGUUAUAUGAAAAAGUAUAUCUUUUCCUUUUGCAGUCUGUUUUUCCCUAGCAUUACUUAUGUAGGCCCAAUUUUAAAAUUGAUUGUGCUCCUUUCUUCUCCUUUACUUAUGGGUCAUGAAUCUCCAUUUCUUUGACCUUAAUAGCUCAUUAAUCCACCCCAUUGCCUCCCCCCAUCCCACCUUCACCAGCUGAUUUUUGUUCCCCAGUCUCAUCUUCUGUCAACCCAUCUUUUGUGCUGCUGCUUGAUCCUCUUUCUUAAAUACAAAUCUCACUUUUGAACUUCACCUGAUAGGUUCCAGGCCAAAUUGCUAUAGGCUCACCAUUGCCAUUUCUUAAUAUUGCAGUUAACCAAAUUGCUGAUCUCUCUCCAAUGUCUUGAAGUAGCUUUUGUACAUAGAGAUUGAGCCCAGAAUGCUCUCCCUGAUGUCUUUCCCCACUCCACUAGCUCAAGACUACCUGUCAUAAUUUUAUGCUGAUCUUAUGACUUUGGGUAGUUCUCAUACCCAGUGAGACAUGUAGUAUCUUAGGUGCACAAACUUCUCUGCGUUUAUUGCCCUGUAUUAUAAAAUAUGUUUGCUGGACUCUUUCCUGGAUUUUGCCUUUUAUUUUUAUGUCCUGUAUCUACCACAAUGAACAUAUGUUAAAGAUGUCAUGAAAAUGUGUUUUGAAUGGAUAAAUUUAUUAAUAAAAAUCAAGUUUUGGGCUGGGCUUGUGGCUCAGUGGUAGAGCACUUGCCAGGCACAUGUGAGACACUGGGUUUGAUCCUCAGCCCCACAAAAAUAAAUAAAUAAAUAAAGGCAUUGUGUCCAUCUAUAACUAAAAAAAAUAAAAAUAAAUAAAUCAACUUUUGUAAAUUUGUGCUUAUUUUAGAGAAACAAUUUAAAUGGUGACAAAUCAGAAUUUAAAAAAUAUUUUAACAGGGGAAAACAAUCAUAUAACUUGACUAAACUAUUAUACAGAAACUAUUGUUUUUAACUUAAGUUCCUAUUGUCCUCCAUGUUUCAUGGACAGCACACAGAUAAGCCCAUUUUUUAUUUUAUUUUGUAAGUUAAUGUGUUGACUUUAAAUGUAAAGAAUUUCAGUAAUUGUAUUCUUUUGUAUGGUUCCCUAGAGAGUUGAUAGUUGUGUCCACUUCACUAAUCUCAUUCCACUGUCCCCGUCCAGACAGUGUCUUCUGAUACCUCAUUCUCAGAAUUCACUUCAGACUUUAAUUUUAAAAGAAACAAUUUUUUAAAAAAACAUUUUAGUUUGGAUCCCUGAAAGCAUACCUUUCAUCAAAUUCAUCAAAAGGAAAAGUUGUCAGUUCUGCUUGCUUAUGCACUGGGUCCUUAUCUUUGAGGCACUUAAAUAGGUUUAUGCAAAAUGAUUUACUGAGUAUCUGCUCUACUUCUUGUUAGAAAAUGAAUCUUCUGUAACUGAACAAAUUUAUACACAGAAUUGGGGACUUACUUCACAUUAGCGAUGCUCAACUUUAGAUAGGAAUGACUUCAAGAAUGUGUUCUAGUAUUAAUUAAAAGGCAGUGACCUACUUGUCGGUGCUCUGAAUAAAUAUUUAUGAAAAGAAUGAGAAAUAGAGGAAUGAUUCAAUUAUUUUGGAAUCUUGAAUCAUACAUAUUUAUACAUGUCUACUUUGAUUUUGAUUAACUGCAAAUUUAUCCUAUUAUAAAGAAAAAGAAAACUGGCACUAUGUGCACUUCUUUCAUACCACACUUAGAGAUGUCUUUGCACUCCAUCUGGAAAGUCAGUUAUAUGCCUUGUUGCCAACUGAGUUCUUCAUUAAGGAAUAUUACAUUAUUUAAUAACAACAACUGACAUUUAUUGAGUGCAUAGUGUGUGAUAGGCACCAUGCAAAAUGCUUUGGAAUAUUUUAUAUCAUUUAAUCUCCACAUCAUCCUAUGUCAUUAAACAGUUAUUUCCUGCUAUUUUAUAUUUAUAGAUGAGGGAACUUAGGCUCAGAGAGAUGGAGUAAGUGCCUCAAGUCAUCCUGCCUGUCAUGUUUAGAAUUGGGACUGAAAUCCUAAGUGCUAACUUAGGCUUACCUACCUUGUGGAGCAACUCUACCUGUUAGUUACACACUUCUUAGAAAAUAAGGUUAUUUGCCGCAGUCCGGCUGCUGCAGCAAAAUAACCGGGGGGUGACGAAUAACUUGUGUACGUUGAUACAGCAGGAGUGGGAGCCGUUUAUUGCAGGACAGGAGCAGUAUUUAUACAUUCCACAGAGCUUAUCUAAUUAGCAUAAACUAGAUACAUCAGUCAACCAAUAAGGAAUCUCCACACUUAAUAGCUCGCUUUUGUUACUUCUCAAACCACUCCCUCUGGCAUUUUGCCAGGCACCAUCCAGACUUGUUUACGAACUCUAACAUUCCCCUGGCUAAAUGCCAGGUGUUAUUUUUGACUUGUUUACAGACUCUAACAGUUAUUAUGUAUUAUCUUUCUAUGAUUUUUGAAAUUCACUCUUCUGGCUGGCCAGUUAUAUCAUAAGUUCCAUAAUCUUUCACUCAAGAUUUAGGGAACCCAUGCUUUGGCAUCCUGUGUCUCUCCAUUGGUGCUGGGGAACCAAAAUACCUUAAUUUGUUUUAACACUUUUUCUAAUUCUACUUGUGAGUGGUGAGUGUGACCAUAAAAUUUUUCACAACACUGAAAGUGAAAGAAGAUGUUAAUUAUAAAAUCACAAAGACAAAAGACAGAAAAUGAACCCGGUGGUCAUGCUUUUAGCCUACAGGGAGGAACUGAGUAUUUUAUGGAUGUUCUACCAUAGACACAGUGGUAACAUCUGCAGCAAGUUUGAAUGAUUAACAGAAAUUAACUUUCAGAGGAUAUCCAAUUUUAGGUAAUGAUGAAAAUAGUCAUUUUUAAUAAAUGUCAGGUGAAUGUCACUGUGGAGAAGUGCCUAUAGUGAGACCAUCUACUAAGCUUAAAGUUUCAUUAAUACUUUGUGCAAGUAUGUGAUAUGACUCAGAUUUAUUGGCAUUAAAAGUAUGAUUCACAAGUUAAAAGAGAAAAUGGCAAAUAAAAUCUUGAUUUUUGCUAGCUUAUGGGAUGAACUGGACAGUUAUUUGGAUAUGUGUAUCCUCUGAUUAAUUCAUCAUUAUAAUAAUGUCUGGGGUUCUAGGUGAAUCAGACAUGCCCAGUGAUGCCUUUAUUACAAUAUUUGCAUGUGAAUAGCAUUGUCAAAAUUUCUUUUAAUUCCAUGACUAACCUAUAACAUCUAUAUUUCUUACUCUUUCAUUACCCCAUGGGAAAAUGUGAGGGAAACCUGUUUAGAGUACUGGUUAAAAUCUACAUAUUAUUUUGGUGUGUUAUCUAAUGUGUUUAAAAACGUUGUUCAUGAAAAUUAAUUUUGCUAUGCAAUUUUUAAUUUAAUUCAGAAAAUAAUUUAUCACAAAUUAUUUUUUCUAAAGUUUCAUAAAUAAAUGAAAAUAUUAGAUUUAUUACAUAUGUAAUUAACUAAUAUUAUCUAAUGCUGUAAAAUGAAUAGCACAAAAUAUGAUUAUAUUAACUGCUUUUGUACCUUUCAAGAUAAAAGUUGACCAUAAACUUUAAUCUUAUUUAAGUCAAGGACCAUUGACUUAUUAUGACAUAUUUCCUAAUAAUUGUAAUGAUUUCUUUUAUUAGCCCAUGUGUAAAUUCUCAUCAGUGCCUUUCUGUAUUGUGUAAAUAGCACAGAAAAUAUGUGUAUAAGAAUGUUGUAAAAAUCUUUGGUUAUUUGCAUAACCCAGCAUGUAUCUAAUAUACAAUUAAAUUCAAUAAAAUAAAUUUUGUGAAUUAAAAAUUUAAA